GCACACAGAAGAAGCAGCUCCGAAUUCAGGCCCUCGACACCGUCCGAGUCAGCAGCAGCAGCACCACCGUCGUCGUCGUCCUCAACCUCCAUUCCAGAUACCGACCGUCAAAAUGGCUGCCGUCGUCAAGGCCCUCAACGCCAAGAUCAGGAGCAAUCCUGUGGCCAACUACCUGUGCUCGACCCACUUCUGGGGUCCUGCCUCCAACUUCGGUAUCCCCAUUGCCGCCGUCCUCGACACCCAGAAGAGCCCUGAGCUCAUCUCUGGCCAGAUGACCGGUGCCCUCACCAUCUACGCCUUCACCUUCAUGCGUUACGCCCUUGCCGUCACUCCCCGUAACUACCUCCUCUUUGGCUGCCACUUUGUCAACGCCGGCGCCCAGCUCACCCAGGGUUACCGCUACCUCGACUGGCACUACUGGGGUGGCAAGGAGAAGGCUGUCCAGAAGGCCGUCACUGCCCCGGUUGCCGCCGCUGCCGUUGCCAAGUAAUGCAGCCCGCCUGCAUAUUGGAUGCCAACAGCCAGCCAACUGGCAUCAUCAAGAUUUGCACAGCCCGGCUAGGACGAACCUGAGAACCGCCGCUGAUCUUGUUGGUGAGCCUCUCCUUGCGGGUUUUAUUUUUUUGACGACGGCCAGCAUGUAAUCUAGAAUUUCCCCUUGCUCCUUCUUUCGGUUGAUAUCCAUCAUAGACAAGGCACACAAAGAUACAGGCACUCACACCACCUUCGCCAAGGUAUCCCCUGUUGUUCUGGUUCGACUGCAUCUGUUAUUAACAAAAGAGGAACCAACAAGAUGAGACACACUCGGCUUGCGCUAGACAUAUAUCUCGCAUGCACGAGAUAUCACGCGUUUCUC